AUGUGGAAGCCGUCGGAGAGACUGAUGGACACCAUCAGACACUAUGCCAGCUUCCCAGCGACCGGCGUCUCUCUCCGACAAAUGGUUCAAUUUGGAGACAGACCAUCAGUUGGCACUCUGUUCCGAGCGUCACAAUUCCUCUCAGAAGAACUACCCAUUCGUCUCGCCCAUCGUGUCCAGGAUCUUGGAGAACUUCCCGACGGACUCAGUGAGAUGCCCUCGAUCAAAAAAGUCCAAGAUUGGUACGCACAAUCGUUCGAGGAAAUCAUUACGCUGCCGCGACCCACCCUCACCCAGGAAGUCAAAGCCCGCCUGCUGCGCCCGGGAAAGCUUAACGGCGGGACCUCGAGGAUCCUCUCGGAAGUCACACAGAACCCCAGCAUUCGCGAAGGACAGUAUCGAUCCUCCCCGUCCUCUACGUCAAACGGCAAUGGAAAUGGCAAGGCUACGGCCGCUCGAAGAUAUUAUGCACCAUCCGACGAUCAAGGAAAUUGGCCACCAGAGCUGAACGACUACAACGAGCGAUUUGCACAGACACUCAAGGAAAUCAAGCGCAGACACGACAGCGUCGUGACUACUGUGGCCCAGGGUAUUCUCGAGUGGAAACGGAAGCGUCAGCGCCUGCAAAUCGACUCGACGGUGCAAUCCUUCCUCGAUCGCUUUUAUAUGUCAAGGAUCGGCAUACGAAUGUUGAUUGGGCAGCAUAUCGCAUUGACUGAACAGACUCACGUAAAACAUCCACACUACGUCGGAAUAAUCUGUACCAAGACAAAUGUGCGUGAGAUAGCCCUCGAGGCGAUCGAAAACGCCCGUUUCGUCUGCCAGGAUUAUUAUGGACUGUUCGACGCCCCCAAGGUGCAGCUCGUGUGCAAAGAGGACCUGAACUUCAUGUAUGUGCCAGGACAUCUGUCGCACAUGCUCUUCGAGACCCUGAAGAACUCCUUGCGUGCGGUGGUGGAGGCCAAUGGUGUGGACAAGGACAACUUCCCUGUCACCAAGGUCAUCAUCGCGGAAGGAAAGGAAGAUAUCACAAUCAAGAUUUCCGACGAAGGUGGUGGCAUUCCUCGGUCUGCCAUUCCCCUGGUUUGGACAUAUAUGUACACUACCGUGGAGCAAACCCCAAGUCUGGACCCGGAUUUCGACAAGAGCGACUUCAAGGCUCCCAUGGCCGGGUUCGGCUACGGUCUUCCGAUCAGUCGUUUGUAUGCUCGUUACUUUGGCGGUGAUCUGAAGUUGAUCAGCAUGGAAGGAUACGGGACGGACGUCUAUCUCCACCUGAAUCGACUUUCCUCGAGCUCGGAACCCCUGCAAUGA